AUGGAUUCGUUGGAGUUGCUGCCUUUGGACGAGUUGUCCCACGGACUUGCAAACUUGUCCAUGUUUCCAUACUUCGACAUGGCGCACUACAUCGUGUCAAUCAUGGCUCUGAGGGAGCAGCCAGGUGUUCUUGAGGUCUCCAGAGUCAGCCCCUUAGCCUGCUGGUUCAGCUCCAUGCUCUUCUGUUUUGGAGGAGCCGUGCUGUCUGCCAUCAUGCUGGCCGAGCCCGCGGUGGCACCUUUGUCCAACAGCACCGGUGUUCUGCUUGCGUCGAUCACCUGGUACCUAGUGUUUUACUGCCCCAUGGACCUGGUGUACUGUUGCUCUGCCCUGCUGCCUCUCAGGCUGGUGCUGUCGGUGAUGAAGGAAGUGACCAGGACGUGGAAGGUGCUUGGGGGGGUGACCCAGGCACACAGCAAAUACAAAGACAGCCUGCUGGUUAUGAUUGCCAUUGGGUGGGCUAAAGGUGCUGGAGGAGGUCUGAUAAGUAACUUUGAGCAGCUUGUUCGAGGUGUAUGGAAACCAGAGACUAAUGAGCUCCUAAAGAUGUCUUACCCCACCAAGAUCACCCUGAUCGGAGCGGUGCUGUUUGCUCUGCAGCAGACCCACUACCUGCCUCUCAAGACGCACCACCUGAUGCUCAUCUACACCGUCUUCACCGUCGUCAACAAGUCGAGGAUGAUGCUGACAGGCUCCUCCUCCUCACCAUUCGCCACCAUCGAGUCGGCCGUCUACAAGACCCUCUUCGCCGGCCACUCCCCUUAUGAUGCCCUAACCGGCGAGGUACAGAAAGCGUGCGGCAAUCACGGUGCAACCAACGGGACGACCGCCAUCGCCGGAACCAAAGAGAUUGGUGAGAAUGGAGCAGCGCGGAAAACUACCCCGGUUUCUCGUGUCAAGGGUCAGAGUGGAUCGCUCAAAGCCAAAGAGAAGUCAGAGAACGCGGACACAACAAACUGCAAGAAGAUAAACUAGUCAGCCUCCACCCCAUAGCGCCUUUUCACCUCUAAGCAGGGUUGUGGAGUCAUUUCUGAUUGACAUUUGUCACGUCAGUUCUCAGACUUUAUGUGUUAUUUUUCUUUUAUCAAGACAUACGUUUUUGUUCCGUCCAAAUAACAUUUCUCUUAUUCAUUACUUACAAUGCAAUUUAAAUCCGACUGCUGAAAUAGCAUUUCAAAAAGAGCCGACUCCAACCAACCCUGCACCUUACUGUGGGAUAAUCACCCCGUCCUUAAACUACUGUGAUAUUUAUGCUGUUGGAUGUGAAAAUCAUAUAUCCUUGGGCUGAUUGCACACUUGUAGUACAACGUGUAGCUUCAUUU